CUCAAAGCAAGUCGGACGUGUAGAUGGAGUGUUGUGAAGUGUGAUUACAUUUUUUUUUCAAUUGAUUCAUAUCUUCCUUUCCUUGCCGCAACUGAUCCAAAAACCGUACGGUCGGAUUGAUGUGUGUGCGUGAGCGAGUGUCGGUUGGCUGUGUGCUCGGUAUACUGUAAACUGUGGAAUACUGUGUCUAAUCCGGGAGGUAUUACGGAAAUUUCCCCUCGCAGCGAAGGAAAUUAAAAGCGAGUCACGAAAGAGCGCUGUCAUAAAUAUGGAUAACUACGUCAAGAAUUUGCUGAACGGCUGGAAUAUGCCGGAGCUGAUCAAAGUUUUUCAAGAGGAGGAAAUCGAUGAAAGCGCGUUCAAGUGUCUGAAAUACGACAUGAUUAAGGAGAUAAUCCCGAGGGUGGGCAAACGGGCCAAGUUCGUCCAGAAGUACGAGGAAUACAAAGAGAAUCUAACGGAACGGCCGGCAUUCGGCGAGCUGCAGCUGGAUGAGAAGGACCAAUCCGUCAAGGCGUCAUCCCAGAAGCCAAUCGUAAUCAACUGGCCCCGCAUCGAACGCGUGUGCGGACCGAUACCGAUCUACCUCAAGAACCUGCUGAAAAUGUGCGGCUACGAGCAGGAAAGCAGUUUGCGGAACCUCAACGAUGACGACUUCGUCGACAUGGAACGCUUCGCCCGGGAGGAGCUCAUCCAUCUGGUGCCGGCGACGCAGUUCUACUUUCACAUUUUCUGCAACGAUCCGGCCCGGGAGUUCCGGCUAGUGCCCGGCCAUCGCAAGCUGUUGAUGCAGAUGAGUGCCUACCUGAACUACACCAAUGCGGCCAGCGAAAUGCAACGGUUAGAACCGAUUAUAAACAAUCGAAUUGAGCGGCAGCCGGUCGAGCGAGUCGAAAGAGUGGAAAGAGUGGAGAGAGUUGAAAGACAACCGGCUGACCGUGUGACCGAUAUCAAUCUGGUACGGGAACUGCGGGAGCAACGAGCACUGAUGCAGCAGCUACAACUGCAACAGCACCAGCAGCAACAAGAACUCGCUAAUCAACCGCCCGAAAUACUGCAGGAUCACGUACCCGACGUGAAAACCAUUUCCACCAAGAACCCGCCGUUCGCCUUCGAGCAAGCAACCGUCUAUCCACCGCUCAGCGACGAGGCACGGGUUCGGAAAAUCCAAAACAUCAUCAUCAAAUUGAUCGAAAUGUGGAGUGACAAGCAACCGAUCAAGCUGCAGCUAACGGACGAGAUGAUCAACGUGACGUACGAGCUGAACGGCUAUAAUGCCUUUAUAAAGUGUCCGAUGUGUGCCGUUCAAAUUAAAGUAUCCAAGUUACCUACCAAGAAAGGCGACCGGUUUGUGAUCUCAAACUUCUCGAAGCACGUCAUCAAAAUGCACUUCUCGCAUCAGCAACAGCAGCAACUGUCGCAGUCCCAGCAGCAACUGAACGACAGCAGUCGGUCCAGUCUGGACAAUUCGACGUUUUUCGGUGGAGAAAACUCCGAUAGCAACAACUAUCCGUACGACGAAUUUUCCAUCAAACGAGCGCGGAUGGAGGAGGAAGAGGACGAAGAACCGGACAUCCUACCACAGAUGUUGCAUCCGUACGUCAGCAUCAAGGACGAAGUGAUAGAUUUGGAUGCGUAGUUUUCUUGCUCUCUUUUUUUUUAUUUUGUCUAGAUUGUUAGGAUCGAAAUUGUACUCGGUAUACUGGAAAUAGCUAAUUAGACGGAGAUAUGCAACACAGAACUCACUAGGAUAAGUUCAAGUAUUUAAACUAAUUUACACUAGACGGUUAGACGGUUGUUAGAUGUUUCGUCACUGACGAGUGUCACGUGACGCAACCUGGAGUAUCAAAAAGACUUUUUUGCUUUCUGUUUAGUUUAGUAGUAGUUAAGGCUAUGAUGUGUAUAUAGGCUGAUAGAUUUAUAGUGAUGAACAGCAUUACACAAUUAAUCAAUUCCAUUUUAUCGUCUCCCAGAAUCAAUAAAAUGCGC